UUGGGCUCUGGGCUGCGUCUUGCAGCUGGAAGGGCCAAUUGGUGUCUCUUGCACCCAGCCUCAGAUGAGGGCGCCCCGGAGCAGGAGGUACCAGCCGAACAGGGCGAGGAGGAGCCCGGGGAGCCAGAGCCACCGUGCCCCACGGAGAGCGAGAGCUUCAGGAUGAUAGUGCCUGGCCAGGAGGGGCACACCUGUCGCUAUGUGUUUGUGAACAAUUGCCAGCCGUUUUGGAGAGCCCAGAGACUGUGUGCCCGCUGCUACCGCGGCCGCCUGGCCUCCAUCCACAACUAUGCGACCAACCAUCGCCUGCGCUGCACGGCACGUGCCCGCACCAACCGGGGCCAGGUGUGGAUCGGGGGCAUCACCUCCCGCAGGCACCGGUGUCUGCGCUCCCACUGGAUCGACCACAGUUCCUGGAACUACUCCAACUGGGCCAGAGGGAACCCCAGCCAUGCUCGGCGAACGUGUGUCGCCCUGUGCACCGCAGGUGGUCAAUGGAGAAGUGUGAACUGCCGGGCUCGCCUGCCCUUUAUCUGCCAGUUCUGAGGGAGCUGCUCCCCGACAAGGCCCCGCUGCCCCCACCGCUCUGCUGGCCUGGGACUCCCUGCUCUGCCCUGCCGGAGGCGCCCCUGCUCCCUGGACUCGGCUCUGCUCCUGCCCCUGCCCCAGUUCCCUGCGCGGGGGGCAGUCUGCGCCCCCCCUACCCUUGAUCAAAAAUAAAAAGUGCUUCACUCAUCA